AUGCUCCUACCACGGCAGCUCCUCCUGUCACUCCUAGCAACCCUAGCACUGGCAGACAAACCAGUCCAGUCCUACCUCGACUCCGCCGGCUCUUUCCUCUCCCACGGCCGUCUCGCGGACGCAUUGGAGCAGUACGACCUCGCCAUCGCCUCUGACCCAUCAAAUUACUUGACCAUCUUCAAGAGAGGCGCGACAAAGUUGAGCUUGGGUAGGGCGAAUGCUGCACUGGCGGAUUUCGAUGCGGUGGUGGAGAUGAAGGGGGAUUAUGCGCCUGCACGGGUUCAGCGGUCAAAGUUGCUCUUACAGAAGGGGCGGUGGGAGGAUGCGACGAGCGAUGCAGAGCAUGCCAAAGCGAAGGAUGUAGUGCAGAGAAUCAGGGAAGCAGAGACAGCGGCAUUGAAUGCGCGGAAAGCGAGCGAGAAGGGUGAUUGGGAGGGGUGUGUCGUGAACGCUGGCAUAGCAAUCGGGUAUGCGAGUCAGGAUCCGGGAUUGAGGAUUUUGAGAGCAAAGUGUAGGCUGGAAAAAGGUGAUGUGGAGGAGAGUGUGAGUGAUCUUACGCAUGCGACUGCUUUGGAGCCGAGUGAUGCGCGGUCGCACGUACUCAUGGCUAACCUCCUCUUCUUCUCGCUCGAUGAACCAGCGAGGGCUAUUUCACAACUCGGGAUGAAGUGUCUGCAUUACGACCCUGAUCAGAAGGAUUGUAAGAAGCUGUGGAGGGGGUUAAAGAAGAUGGAAAAGAAUGCAGCAAAGGUCCGGAAUUUCCUGGAUGGACGGGGGUGGAAUUCGGCUGUGAAGAUCCUUGCUGGUUCGAACGCGGAGGAAGCAGGACUAGUGAAGGAGGUUAGGGAGGCUGUGGAGGGGCUGAGGAAGGAUGGGAUGUUGAAUGAGAGGUGUCCUGUGCGGUAUUUGGCGCAGGUUGAGGAGGGGGCGUGUCAAGCAUACACUGAGCUCAAGAAGCCGAAGCUUGCUGCGCCGUAUUGUGAUGCCGCAUUGAAGCUGAAACCGGACUCGAUCGUAGCGUUAUUCGCAAAGGCGGAUGCCUUGUUGGCCGAAGAAAGCUUUGAUGAGGCGAUUGUGAUGCUGAACAAGGCGAAUGACAUUUCUGGCGGUGGAAACAGACAAGUUCUUGAGAAGCUGCAACGAGCGCAGAGAUUGCUGAAGCAAAGCAAGAAGAGGGAUUACUACAAGAUCCUGGGGGUAUCUCGUGACGCAACCCAACGAGAAAUCAAGUCCGCGUACAGGAAGAAGUCAAAGGAGUUCCACCCCGACAAAGCAGGCGGCUCAGACGCAAAGAUGCAGGAAAUCAACGCGGCCUGGGAGAUCCUCGGUGAUGAAGAAUUACGAGCAAGAUACGACAACGGCGACGACCCGAACGACCCCGAAGGACAGCAAGGCGGCGGUGGCAACGGAUUCCCAGGCGGCAACGCCUUCCAAGGAUUCCGCCAAGGACCAGGAGGCCAACAACAAUAUUUCUUCAGGCAGCAGCAACAGCAGCAGGGCGGCGGAAUGCCAAACUUUCACUUUAAAUUUUAG